AUGAUUAUAGAUUCAAUCACCAAAUUAAAUUUUAAAAAUAAGUCAUCCUCUUCAUCAGUUAUCACUGUUAAAACUUCAACUUCUCCUCAAAUUAUAUUUGGAGAUAAUAAAUUUACAGGGGGUGUAAACAAGCAAAAAGGAUUUGACUCUGUCUCACCAACACUCAAGGGCAAAGGAAUUUUAUUUGUUUAA